AGCAAUAUUGUUUUUAAAAAUAAUUAUGUUAACACUGGCUAUAUUAGUGCCUGUAAAUAAAAAAGGUUCUGGAAUUUUAAGCCUUAUCAUGCAUUUGACUUCAAGCCAGAUCUGUUGUAGGAACUAGGGUGUAUUUUAUUAUUUUGUUAGACUUGCCUUUCAGGUAAUCCCAGUCAUUUAACCAGGAACGAGGAAGUAGAAAGAACAAUCUCGGCAUACAGUAACUCAGGUAAUUCUCAAUAACACAAACAAGGAGAGGAAAGAAUCAGUGUAUGUACAUGUCCAUUGUCGGGUCCAAAUAAGAAGCUGUGAAGACAAUACCAGUUUCAGGACUUUGCUAAGGCCCAGCUUGCAGCACUGGAUAGUGCGAGAGACAGAGAUGGACAGCAUAUUUCAGGAGACACAGUUUUUUAAAGACGAUGAUGAUAUUGCUGAUCCCAAAACGAUCGUCCAAGGUAACACCCUGACUUUCGACUGCGUGCUUCCAACAAAGAAGGCCAACCAUGAUGCCAAUGAGAUCAUCGCAGUGAAGGUGAACUCCCAGGCGAACGUACGUCAGCUGCGCCUUCACAUCUGGAUACAGGCGAAGGAGAAGAGCUGCCACCCUGAGAUUUACCACAUCACUGACCCUGAGUCCUACCAGCUGCUCUACACGAAAGGGGAAGAAUGGUACGAGAUUUACGAUGACUACCAGAUCCUGAAGACGCUGGACUCCGUGAGGUAUUGGGGUUUACAGGGCAUGAAUAAGGGGACAAUUAUUGUGAAGGCAAAUCCCAAAGACACAGAGGACAGAUUAAGGUUUGAGAAAGACCUGAGUUACAUGAUUGGGCAUGACAUUAGUAUGGCGCUUGAGAACCGGCUGGAUGAGUUUAGCUUUGCCCGUAGGAAGCUGGCAUCUAUAAGAAGGUUGGAGAUCAGAAAUCGUGACUACUGGGCAUAUGCCACAGAACCAUGGGCAUCAUCCACCCCAAUUCCAAAAGACCUGGAAGCCAUGCUCAACUACGAGGUAGCAACCACAGUCCAUUACAAUGGAAUGAGCCAUAAAUUCAAAGCAGACAUCAAGGAGCCACCAACUUCUCUCAUAAAAAGCUUUCUGAAUAUGAUGGCUGAAAAUGGCAUACCUGUUGGACAUGCAGAAAGUGGCUUUGUUCUUAAGGUAUGUGGGAGAGAGGAAUACUUGACAGGAGACCGUCCACUGUCAGACUUUCUGUGGAUCCGACAAUGUCUCAAAACCAAGCAGGAAAUCCAGUUGUCUGUGUUACCCACUCCGACUUUACAAGAGGAUGAAGUCCUAGUGGAAGACUGGCCACUGGUGGAAGAUUAUACUGGGCUAGCCAACACACAUGAAGAACUGGACCUGGAGAACAAAGACAUCAACCAGAUUCUGAUGAUUUCCCUCUGGGACUGCAACCAAAAGUUCAGAGUAAAACUACUUGGUAUAGACAUCCCGGAACUGCCAAGCAAAGUCCCUCCCAAUGUCUACAUCGAAGCCAGCAUUCUCCAUGGUAGGACUGUCUUGUCUUCGGUUCAGUCGAAGCCCAUGCCCUUCACUGAUGAAGUUCUGUGGAAUGUGUGGUUGGAGUUUGACUUUUUACUUAAGAAUGUACCAAGAGGGGCAAGAUUGGUCUUCACGGUGAAUGGAAUAGUCAACGAAGGCAAUACAAUGCGGGAAGCCAGGUCCCAACCACAAGGAACAAAGACUGCAGAUUAUAAAGGCAAAGCCAGGACUUUGUACUUUGUGAACCUCCUAUUAAUCGAUCACAGGUCACUUCUCUGCCAGGGGGAACAUAUUCUCCACAUGUGGCCAUUCCCUGAAAAGGAGGAGGACUUGUUCACUUACGAUGCAGACAAGAUGUCCUCUAAAACCAACCCAGAUACCGCUAACUCGAUGGCUAUAAGCAUCAUCAUGGAUAGCUAUCGCUUCCCAGUUGUCCUUCCACAUAGCAGGGCAUCCAACCCUUCUUGCAUUAAUCCAGCAUCUUCAGAUCUGUCACCAGAGGAAAAUUCCCUUCCCAUCCCAGGUCUAACAAAUAAGGACCUUUUAAGGGGGUUCACGGAGGUAUGUUCCCAGUAUGGUGUCUCUUUACCCAAGUUCCUGAGUACCAUUAAUUGGGGUGACCCCACAGCCGUGCAGGACAUCCACUGGCUGGUUAGCCACUGGAACCCUGUGGACUUGGACAUUGCCAUUGCUCUGGAGCUCCUCAGCAUUCACUUUGCCGAUGAGCAGAUUAGGAGGAUGUCCAUUAAAAGACUGGAGAGACUGCAUAAUGAUGAGCUGCUGAGAUACCUGCUUCAGCUGGUCCAGGCUUUGAAGGUUGAACCCUACCAUGACAGCAUUCUGGCAAGAUUCCUGAUCAAAAGGGCACUGCAAAGUAAAAGGAUUGGCCACUUCUUCUUCUGGUACCUGCGGAGUGAGAUUACCGCAUCCCCAUAUUUCCGCGACCGUUUCGCUGUGAUUCUGGAGGCGUACCUCCUGGGCUGCGGCCAGUCGAUGCUGGAGGGCUUCCUGAAGCAGGUUCAGGUGGUGGAGAGCCUCCAAAAAGUGGUCACUGACAUCAAAAAGAUCAUCCCAGAAAAGAGUGAUCUGCCAGCCAAUGCUGCAUUGAAACUUCAGGAAAUGCUGCGAAGCAUCAGUCUCCCGAAAGAUUUCCUGGUACCAUACGACCCCCGCAUCAGAGCGGGCGAAAUUAUGGUGGAGAAGUGCAAGGUGAUGGCUUCGAAGAAGAAGCCCCUGUGGCUGGAGUUCAACAGCAGUGACUCGGAGGGAGCCUCCGGCUCCACUAUCGCGAUCAUCUUCAAACACGGGGAUGACCUGCGGCAGGACAUGCUGGUUCUAAAGACAAUGGCAAUAAUGGACUCAAUCUGGCAGGGAAGUUCCCUUGAUCUGAAUCUCAUCCCUUAUGGCUGCAUCUCCACUGGAUACAAUAUAGGGAUGAUCGAGGUAGUGAGAGACGCAAUGACCAUCGCAUCUGUGCAGAGGAGCAAAGGAGGGACGACAGGGGCCUUUAAAAAUGACGCGCUGUUUGAGUGGAUCAGGGAGAAGUGCCAAGUGGAGGAAAUCUACUAUCAAGCAAUGGAGCGGUUUGUCACUUCCUGCGCAGGAUACUGUGUUGCUACCUACGUCCUGGGAAUUGGGGAUCGCCAUAAUGACAACAUCAUGAUAACCAAGCAAGGAAACCUGUUCCACAUUGAUUUUGGGCACAUCAUGGGGAACACCAAGCGAUUCCUGGGUGUGAACAGGGAGAGAGUCCCCUUCGUCCUCACGCCAGACUUCCUUUACAUGAUGGGGAGAGUCGGCAAGAAAACCAGCCUCUACUUUAAGAGAUUCAAGGAGAUCUGUAUCCGGGCCUACCUGGACCUGCGCUCCAACUCCAACCUGCUGAUCACACUCUUCUCCCUCAUGAUGCUCACGGGCAUUCCUGAGCUCUCCAGCACCGACGACAUCAAGUACCUGAAGGAGGCGCUGCAGCUGGGGAAGGACGACAGCUCAGCCCAGGAACACUUCCUCAAUCAGAUCAGCAUCUGUGAGAACCAGGGCUGGACUGUCCAGGCCAACUGGUGGAUCCACAUGGUCGCCGGCAUCAAAUAAGAGUGAAGGUUAGCAGACUGAGCCUGCGGUGUCUAGGGAGCCUCUUGUGGAAUAGUGGCCCGCUGCUUCGCCACUCCUCUUACUCAGCUCUAAUGACUGCUGGCCUGGAAAGCAGGAGUGAGAUUCAGCUCAGUGUGUGUGUCAGGUUGCCAUGGUGCUGGUUGCACCCAGUUUUUUUUUUUUAAGCAUUUUCUGUCAGCAGCAGCAAAAGCAAAAGCAGACACUCCUAAUUGUACCAACUGUCAAAAAAAUGGUGAUGUAAUGGCAGUUUCUGUUAAUAUUAAGACUGCAGGGUAAUCUAAGAUACAACAGUUCCCAAGCCCAGUUUGAGAAUAUGACCGUGUUCCACGUUUAUUGUACCAAGUUAAAGGUGGAAUAAAUAGUGUGUACAAAAUAA